AUGGCGGAUAUUGAAGCUCUGGCUUCGAAAGAUGUUAAAUCUGUAUUCUCCUGGAAUCUAGUGUUGCGUACGAUAUAUCAUUUGGGUUAUUUUAUCGGUGACAAUGGGAUUUUAGUGUGGUGUUUGGGGAUCGGUGAUAGAAUCAAUCGAGCGGCGAGUAACAAUCCAGCUGUUGCUACUUUUAAGUAUAUGCUACCAGCCUUCUUCACGAAUUGGAAUUUCUCCUUUCAAACAUUAUUCCUGGGCCUCUCGCUGCUACAUGACGUCCUGGAGUGGUCAGGGAAGCACAAUGGCAACUUCGGGUCCAAGGUUCGAUACUGGCGAGAUGUCUUGUUCUGCGGGUGCGUUUUACCGUUUACUUUGUUCGUAUCCUCAAUGUUCUGGACCGUCUACGCCAUUGACCGCGAGCUGGUAUUUCCCAAAAUCUACGAUGAGGUAGUGCCUUGGUGGUUCAACCACUGCGUCCACACGAAUAUCCUCGUAGUUCUGGCGCUGGAGACUCUCUUGCAGGCGAGAAGACAUCCGACAGAUAGAAAGGUUGAGGUCACGAUGUACUGGGGGGUGGCUGUUGCAUACGCUGUUGUAUACUACACAAUAUACUUUGCAACCGGCCGCUGGCUUUACCAAGUCUUCGGCGUCAUGUCCUGGUGGCAGGUCUGCCUAUACCAGCUCUGGAUCUGGCUUUCCUCCUACAUCUUCUACUUACUUCAGUUCCCCAUCAACCGGUUGUUCCACGCGGAAGAGAGACCGCAGAUAUCGGAGAGUAACGGCGAGACAAAGACAGCGGAUGGAGAAGAACCAAAAGCGGAGAACGCUAAAGUGAUAACUGAUUUGAAGACUCCGCCCUUUUCAACCAGGUCGUGGAGUGUGAAAUUCAGGAGCUUGAGGAAUCACUUCGAAACGUCUCGCCUGUGA